AUGAACGCACUACAACACAGGGAACAAGUAAGAUGCUUUUGUGUGGAGGCUGAUACACCUUGCUGCAUUACAGAUCUAAAAAUUCCCCUCAGUACAGAUGAACCAGUGUCACUCUGGAGUUCUCAGAGUGAGUACAGAAAGACAUCAACAGCCCGUUUGUGGGAAUUCCAGCUCCUCUGCCCUUGUCACCAGCAUGCCUCAUUGCUCCAUGUAGUCACUGGACUUGCAGGUGGGGAAUUAUGUAAUUGUCAGGAGACAACUGCAUGCAGCAAGACUGAUCCCCUCUCAGCUAUGGCAACUCACAACAGGUCCGAGGAAGAGCUACACUGGUUGAUUAUUGCAGGAAUGAAAGGCGCUCUGACCUUGCCGACCGAACGCCUUGCUGCUUUCAGUGCUGCCCAUUAUGCGGGAGGCAGGCGCUCCCGGAGAGGGGCCGGAGCCCGCGGGAGCGGAGCGCGGCUCGGCGGGCAGGCCGCCAGCCGGGACACCCGGGGAGCCGGCCGCGGCAGCGAGAGCGGGGGGCGGCACCGAAACGUCGCCAGCACACGCUACAGAGAGCUCUCAGACGCCGAUCACAGGUUGCUCCUUCUUGAAGAGAAAGAGAACGAUGGGUUUAUCUUUGCAGACACGCUGUCGAUAAUGCCGAGAUCGCAGGUAUGGACCCGUACCCGUGCUCCUGCAACACCGAACACGGGAACAAAGGGAGAAAUGGAGACAGACUGA